UCGUUAAAUUUGAAUUAAGCACAGUUGAUCCAAGUUUGAAAGACAGAAACCAACAACAAACAUAUAUAACCAAGAUGAAUUUUGUAUUCGUUCUUUUUGCCAUUGCUUUGGUGUCUGGAGCACAAUCAGCUUCAAUAUCAAGUGAAAUUGAAAAAGUUCACGCAUCAAUAUCUCAAAGUAUUGAUCAAGCAAUUACUGAAUUUAAAAAAGUUGUUGAACAAGCCAAAGAAAAAGCAAAUGAACUUCGUAAAAAAGUAACAGACAAAGCUAAACAAAUUUAUGAUGACACAUCAAAACUAGUAAAUAAAAUGAUAUCAGAUGUUGACAAUCAAUUCCGUGAUCUUUGGAAGAGAGCUGGCAAAAUCGAUAUUACUGAAUGUAAAAAAAUUAAAGAUACUAUGGCAGAAGUUGGAGAUGAAGCAGGAAAGAACUUGAAACAAUGUUUUGAAAAGACCAUUCAACAGGGUGGUGAACACAUCAACACAAUUAUUGAUGUAUCAAAAAAUACUACCGCUAGUGCAUCUCAAUUUUCUGUCGAAGCUCGUAAAUGUUUCAAGAAAAAUGAUGAAGGAGCACCAGCCGAAACUAUUAUUGAAUGUCUUAAAAACAUUGCAUCAAAAAUCAAGGAAACAGCAUCAACUUCAGUUGACAUUGUCUCAGACUCUGUUUCAAAAAUGGGUUCACUUUUGUCUGAAGGAGUCAGUGAUUCUCCAAACAGUAUAACAAAAUGCAUUGCUGAAGAAAGUAUCAGGGCUUUGUUAGACGGCUCUAACAAGGUUCUCGAUGAAGCUAAAGCUUGUGUCAAGAGCAAUAUGGACAAAAUGAGUUCAUCUCAAAAACAAUGGUAAUCAAUUGACUUUCAAACUGAACAAUUUCGAAAAGAACAAAAAUAAAUACUACGAUUCAUAGCAGGUCUAUGAAAAUUGAGAAUGUUUUAAAAAAUUCUCAUAUCUGUCUGAAUUAAAAUUAAGUUUUUCAAUAAAAAUACAUUAAAAUAAAA